AUGAAUCAGAACCAGCGCGAGUUGUACGACGACGUCAAGAAUGCGAGUGGAACGCUCUAUCUGAGUCGCAAUCGAAUUGGCGAUGAAGAAGCGAAAGCGAUUGCUGAGGCACUCAAAGUGAACACGACACUGACUCACCUCUUUCUGGGUGGCAAUCAGAUUGGCGAUGCUGGAGCGCGGGCGAUUGCUGAGGCACUCAAAGUGAACAAGACGGUGACUCUGCUCUCUCUGAGUGAGAAUCAGAUUGGCGAUGUUGGAGCGCAGGCCAUUGCUGAGGUUCUCAAAGUGAACACGAUGCUGAAGGAUCUCAAUCUGAACAAGAACCAGAUUGGCGAUGUUGGAGCGCACGCGAUCGCUGAGGCACUCAAAGUGAACAAGACGCUGACUUAUCUCGAUCUGCAUCAGAAUCUGAUUGGCGAUGCUGGAGCACGGGCAAACGCUCAAGCACUCAAAGUGAACAAGACGUUGAAAACGCUUAAUUUGUCCCAGAACUUCCUAACCAAUACUGGAAUCAAUGCACUCAAGCAAAUAGACAAUGCCAUUUGUAAAUUGGAUCAUUCUUCUGGGCGUCUUGACCAUCAGCGUGCUCCAUCGCCUGCCGAAUUGGCUCAGAUUGCAGCUCGUGCAGCAGCACACACUCAGCUCCAACCUUCUGUCACACUUGCAACCGAAAAUCGGCAACUGCGCUCCAAACUGGCAGCUCAAGAGCAAGUCCUCUCGGCAAAGGACCAGGCGCUCGUUACCAAAGACCAGGAGCUCGCAACCAACAAGCAGGAGCUUGCUACUAGAGAUCAGGCGCUCGCUGCCAAAGAUCAGGAACUACAACAACUUCGCAUCGAUCUCGCUGCCAAGGACCAGAAGCUCGCAACGACAGAGCAGGAGCUCGUUGCGAAAGACCAACAGCUUGCUACUAAAGACCAGGAGCUCACCGCCAAGGAUCAGGAGCUUGAUGCCAACAAACAGAAGCUCACAACAAGAGAGCAGGAGCUCGCUACGAAACACCAAGAGUUUGCCGCCAAAGAUCAGGAGCUCGCUACCAAAGACCAGGAGCUGCAACAACUUCGCUCCAAUCUGAAGUCAGCCUUUGAUCGGAUUGAUGUACUUGAGUGCAACCAACUCGCCGCUGGACCUUUGUCGAACUUUGACGGACCCAUCCCACAAGUGCCUCUCGCCGCUCUCGCCUCCGCCACGAACAAUUUUGCUGCGGAUUCUCUGCUCGGCGAAGGAGCAUUUGGUCGCGUGUACGGUGCCAGUCUGCCUGGACCUCCUGUUGCCGUCGCCAUCAAGAAGCUGUCCGCCGAAUCGAUCCAGCACUAUGCAGCGUUUCAGUCAGAGUUGAAAUCUCUAUCUAAAUUCCGCCACACAAACAUCAUUGCCAUGCUGUCGUAUGCCGAAGCUCAGGGUGAAUAUUGCUUGGUGUACGAGUUCAUGCCGAAUGGUUCUGCUCGAGAUCGUUUGAAUCGCAAAAACAACACUCCUCCGCUGACUUGGUCCCAGCGCCAUCGCAUUGCAGCUGAUGUUGCCCGCGGCAUGCACUACGUCCAAACCGCAUUCCCUGACCAUGUUCUGUUCCACCUCGACCUCAAGACGGACAAUGUUCUGCUGGACGCACACUUCAAUGCAAAAGUGUCUGAUUUUGGUCUUGUCCGUGCUGCCGAGCAUCUUGAUGACAAGAGCUACCUUCGCACGAAGGUUCCUCAAGGCACCGCUGCUUACAUGUGUCCCGAGUUCUUAGAAGGCCGCAUGACCAUCAAGACGGACGUUUAUGCAUUUGGCAUGAUUCUACUGGAAUUGGUCACUGCAGCCAAACCCGGUAUUCUGCUGAAAAGAACUGCGCGAAAGGCUGCGAACAACCAAAAAUGCAUUGAGAUGCUGGACUCGGCUCUCCACCCAACCGAAGCCGAGGGCCAGAGCGUCAGCGAGAUUGUCACCCUCGCGCUCGAGUGUCUUGAUGACGAUGCCGAUGAGCGUCCGUCUUUUGGACGCCUCCUUGCUACAUUGGAUCCUUGA